AUGCGGAAUCUGCGGCUCUUUCUCCUCUGGGUUGUGACUCUGACUGACACGCAGUGCCAAGUUGUCCAGACCCGGUUCAGCGAGGAGCCGGAGGAUCAGACCGUGGUGGCCGGGCAGAGGCUCGUCCUGUCCUGCGUGGUGCUGAACUACUCCGGGAUCGUGCAAUGGACCAAAGAUGGCCUGGCGCUGGGCAUGGGGCAGGGGCUGAAAGCCUGGCCGCGCUACCGGAUCAUCGGCACAGCAGACUCCGGACAAUACAACCUGGAGAUCACCGACGCCGAGCUCUCGGAUGACGCCUUGUACGAGUGCCAGGCCACAGAAGCAGCGCUGCGCUCCCGGCGGGCCAAGCUCACCGUCCUGAUUCCCCCUGAAGACCCGGUGAUCGACGGGGCCCCCGAGAUCCUGCUGCGGGCAGGCACCCCGUACAACCUGACGUGCCAGGCUCGCAGCGCCAAGCCCGCCGCCACCAUCGUCUGGUUCCGGGACGGGCUGCAGCAGGAAGAUGCCAGCACCAGCACGGAAGUGUUAGCAGACGGCAAGAGGGAAACCACGGUCAGCCAGCUUCUCAUCAACCCCACAGACGCGGACAUCGGGCGGGUCUUUGUCUGCCGGAGCACCAACGACGCCAUCCCGGCCGGCAAGGAGACCUCCGUCAAGCUGAACGUGCACCAUCCCCCCACGGUCACCCUCUCCAUCCAGCCCCAGACGGUGCAGGAAGGCGAGCGGGUCGUCUUCACCUGCGUGGCCACUGCCAACCCGGAGAUCAGAGGCUACAGGUGGGCCAAAGGUGGCGUGAUCAUCGAAGAAGCCAAGGACAGCAAGUACGAGACGCAGGUGGAUUAUUCCUUCUUCACGGAGCCCGUCUCGUGCGAGGUGCACAAUGACGUGGGAAGCACCAACGUCAGCACCCUGGUGGACGUGCACUUCGCCCCUCGGAUCGUGGUGGACCCCAAGCCCACGACCACCGACAUCGGCUCGGAUGUGACGCUGACGUGCGUGUGGGCCGGCAACCCCCCGCUGACCCUCACCUGGACCAAAAAGGAAUCCAACAUGGUGCUAAGUAACAGCAACCAACUCUACCUGAAGUCGGUGACGCAGGCCGACGCCGGGCAGUACAUCUGCAAAGCCAUCGUGCCCAGGAUCGGCGUGGGCGAGCGGGAGGUCGCCCUCUUUGUCAAUGGCCCCCCAAUCAUCUCGAGCGAGGCCGUUCAGUACGCGGUGCGCGGCGACCGUGGGAAAGUGGAGUGUUUCAUCGGGAGUACGCCACCCCCCGACCGCAUUGCCUGGGCCUGGAAGGAGAACAUCCUGGAAGCUGGCACGCUGGAGCGCUACACGGUGGAGAGAACCAACACGGGCAGCGGGGUCCUCUCCACCCUGACCAUCAACAACGUGAUGGAGGCCGAUUUCCAGACCCGCUACAACUGCACGGCCUGGAACACCUUCGGGCCGGGGACGGCCAUCAUCCAGCUGGAGGAGAAAGAAGUCCUGCCCGUGGGCAUCAUCGCCGGAGCCACCAUCGGGGCCAGCAUCCUCCUCAUCUUCUUCCUCGUCGCCCUGGUCUGCUUCCUCUACCGGCGCCGCAAAGGAAGCCGCAAGGACGUGACCCUGCGCAAGCUGGACAUCAAGGUGGAGACGGUGAACCGGGAGCCCCUGACGCUGCACACGGACCGCGAGGAGGACACGGCCAGCGUCUCCACGGCAACCCGUGUCAUGAAGGCCAUCUACUCGUCGUUCAAGGAUGACGUGGACCUGAAGCAGGAUAUGCGGUGCGACACCAUCGACACGCGGGAGGAGUACGAACUCAAGGACCCAACCAACGGCUACUACAACGUUCGUGCCCACGAGGACCGCCCGCCCUCCCGCACCGUGCUCUACGCCGACUACCGCACCCCGGGCCCCGCCCGCUACGACAUGCGCCCCUCCUCCCGCCUCUCCCACUCCAGCGGCUACGCCCAGCUGAGCACCUAUACCCGGGGCCCCGCGUCGGAGUACAACACCGAGCCGGCCCCAGGGCCCCCGCCGGGCCCCGCCGCGGGUGAGACGGCCAGCCAGCUCUCCUACGAGAACUACGGUGGCCACGCCGCCUUCCCGCCCAGCGCCGGCUACGCCACCUACCGCCUGGGCUACACCCAGCACCCCCCGCCCAGCCUGGACCGCGCCCCCUACGACGCCUACGACCCCAUGGGCAAGUACGCCAGCGCCACCCGCUUCUCCUACACCUCCCAGCACUCGGACUAUGGGCAGCGGUUCCAGCAGCGGAUGCAGACUCACGUCUGA